CUGAUCUACGAGGAAACUCGUGGUGUUUUGAAGGUGUUCUUGGAGAAUGUCAUUCGUGAUGCCGUUACCCACACCGAGCACACGAAGCGGAAGACUGUUACUGCCACGGUUGUUUUCUAUUUACCCUGA